AUGGCUUCCGGAUCCCAUUUCGAGUUCCUUGCGAACAUGAUGAAGUUGGGCGACUACAGCGACUUCACUCCGAGAUGCAAUGGAGAAGAAAUGCCGGUGCACAAGAACGUCGUGUGCGCCCAGUCCCCGGUGCUCGUAGCUGCCAUCCGUGGCGAUUUCAAGGAGGCAAAGACCAAUGCUAUAGACGUGGACUUUGAUGUCGGUACAUGUAAGCGAAUGAUCACGUUCAUGUACACCGGCAAUUACGAAGGGGAUUCGACGGCUGAUUCCAAACUGCUUAAGACGGAAGGUGGAGGCCCUUUUAGUAGCCUUCCACUGGACACGCAGACCGUCGACACGCAUCCCCUGCUCUGCCACUUGCGCGUCAACUCGAUCGCGGACUACUACGAAAUCCCAGCGCUCUUCCUACUAUGGUCCGCCACCGCCUUCACCGAGGUACUCAGAGAGGCCUUCACCACGACGGGCGACCGGCAACUGUUCGACAUGGUGGCCUCGCUAGUCGCGCAGCACCUCGAGGAGUUGACCGCGUUCGAGGACUUCGGCAAGCUGGACUUACCUAGCCGUUUUACCCAGAGCGUCAUGCGAAACUCCGCGAAGAGGCUUCAGGACUCCUCUACCAGGACCACCCAGGCAGCCGGCGCAACCUCUUUCAAGUUUCGGCGGCCCUAG